AUGCCCCGCUACAAGCUGACCCUCGAAUACGACGGCACCGGCUUCGUCGGCUGGCAGUACCAGGGCGACGGGCGGUCGGUGCAGGAGGCGUUAGAGCGCGCGGUCGAGCGCUUCUGCGGCGAGCAGGUCAGGGUGCAUGGCGCAGGCCGCACCGAUUCCGGCGUUCACGCGCUCGGCCAAUGCUGCCACCUGGACCUCGCCAAGCAGGCCGCGCCCGGUGUGCUGCGCGACGCGCUCAACGCGCAUCUCCGGCCCGCGCCGGUCACCGUCCUCGACGCCGCGGAAGCGCCGCCUACCUUCGAUGCGAGGCGCGAUGCCACGGCGCGCGUCUACCUCUACCGGAUCGUCAAUCGCAAGGCGCCGCUCGCACUCGCGCACAAGCGCGCCUGGCACCUGCCCCGCCCGCUCGAAUUCCAUGCCAUGGCCGAGGCCGCGCGUCUGCUGGAAGGCACUCACGACUUCACGACCUUUCGCGCCGCCCAGUGCCAGGCGGCCUCGCCGGUCCGUACCCUGCAGAGCCUCGCCGUCACCCGCAUCGGAGAGGAGAUCGCGAUCCGUGCCUGGGCGCGGUCCUUCCUCCACCACCAGGUGCGCGCGAUCGUGGGAACUCUGGUCGAGGUCGGCGAAGGCCGGCGGACGCCCGCCGAUGUCGGUGCCGCGCUCGCUGCCCGCGACCGGCGCCUGAGCGGCCCGACGGCCCCGGCCUCGGGUCUCUAUCUCGAAGCGGUAAUCUAUCGCCCGCCGCGCCGCUGA